AUGCCGCUUGUGGUGCAUACUGUACGUGUGGAAGAAGUGAGCCCCCGUGCGUUGCUAGCUAGGGUUAAUUGAAUUUUGUGGUUCUGUCUUUUCGCUUACGGUUGAUUCAGCUGUUCAACUCGUGAACAACGAAGAGCUGUGUUAUUUGUCGCGAGACGCUACAGAAACCAAGCACACACAUUAAACCGAGUUUAGUGACUGCAUUCCAAGGCGCCAACUGGCCGGCAAAUCGCGCCCAUGCGAUUGGCCAUAGGCUCGCGUAUGGAGCCAUUGUAGAGCGACAACAAUUGUUUCGAAAAGAGUUUUGUUUGUCUGAUGAGUUGUGCGACAAAAACAAAUAAAAAAUUCGCUCAUAUUUUGCGCAGUGGUAUACAUAUAGGGGGCCUCUUAGGGAGCAGAUAAAGGAAGGCAGAGAAAGUUGUUACCUGUUAAAAUCUAGCGGAAAGACAGCGCACGGAGACAAAUAACAUGUCAUCAGAUAAUUCGCGGGCCCGUCCCAAUUAUACACUCAAAUUCACAUUAGCAGGCCAUACAAAAGCCGUCAGCUCUGUUAAAUUCUCGCCCGAUGGCGAAUGGCUAGCUUCAAGCAGUGCUGACAAACUGAUCAAGAUCUGGGGUGCCCGCGAUGGAAAAUUCGAAAAGACGAUCUCCGGGCACAAACUGGGCAUUUCUGAUGUGGCUUGGUCGAAUGAUUCCCGCCUGUUGGUGUCAGCCAGUGACGACAAGACACUCAAGAUCUGGGAGCAUACAUCGGGUAAGUGUUUAAAAACGCUAAAAGGCCAUAGCAACUAUGUAUUCUGUUGCAACUUUAACCCUCAGAGCAAUUUGAUUGUGUCCGGCUCGUUUGACGAAUCUGUCCGAAUCUGGGACGUAAAGACUGGUAAAUGCUUGAAGCCGCUUCCGGCCCAUAGUGACCCUGUAUCAGCUGUACACUUUAAUCGUGACGGAAGUCUAAUUGUGUCUUCCUCGUACGAUGGUCUAUGCCGUAUCUGGGAUACAGCGUCAGGUCAGUGUCUAAAGACGUUGAUUGACGAUGACAAUCCGCCAGUUUCAUUUGUCAAGUUUUCCCCGAACGGAAAGUAUAUACUGGCCGCCACCCUCGAUAACACCUUGAAGCUUUGGGAUUACUCGAAGGGCAAAUGUCUUAAAACAUAUACGGGACACAAAAACGAGAAGUAUUGUAUCUUCGCGAACUUCUCUGUUACUGGCGGAAAAUGGAUCGUAUCCGGCAGUGAAGACAAUAUGGUCUACGUGUGGAACCUACAGACAAAAGAAAUCGUCCAAAAGCUACAAGGUCAUACAGAUGUUGUUUUAUGUACGGCUUGUCACCCGACGGAGAACCUCAUCGCAUCGGCAGCACUUGAAGGCGAUAAAACCAUCAAACUCUGGAGGAGUGAUACUUAAAUUAUGAUGGCAUAUUAAAUUGAAUUUCCGCCGGCUUCAAUGCAUUAUGAAAUUUGACAAAAGGAAAAGCCAUGCAGUACCUUGCAUCGGCUGCACCGGGAAAA